AUGUACAUAGAGGUUUCAGUAGCGGUCAAUUAUCUUCUAUCCCAUCUCUACACAAAGUUACCACGGAGAAGGGUGGACAAUUUCGGUGAGGAAUUGGAAAGAUGCCUCUUGCGUAAAUUACAACCUCACUGGUUUACUGAUGCAUCCAGUCAAGAUGCAGCUCAUCGGUGCUUUCAAACCAGCGGUCCACAUACUGACUUCAUCUUUCCUGAAGCCGCCAUCUCCAGUGGAUUGGAGUGGAGUGAAAUUCAGGCCUGUCUGCCGGCCGGUUUGGUUAUCACAAUUGAUCCGGGUCAUGUCGCUUGCCAGUACGGAUCUAGUGAGUCCUCUCCAGUCAUCUCCAACUCAGCUUGGAGUGCCGGGAAUGGCUGCAAUUCUACCAGUCUCUCGUCUUCCGGAUGUUCAUCGGCUUCGUCGGUCUCUUCAUCAAACGGUUCUUCAGGAUCAUGGUCAAAAACCAAACACCAGAUCCUCUACUCAGCCAAUUCUAGGAGCGGGAACGGCUAUACUAUGGGUGGAGAAAAAGAGUUAGACGUGGCAUCAAAUGAGGCCUCAAAGAAGCAGCUGGAUGAUGUUCAAACCCACUUGGCUACAGAAGCAGCUCUCAGCGUUUUAACUGAACCAGAAGAUGUUGUCGCAUCCCAGAAUGGAUCCGACCAUUCAAAGACUAGAAUAAGCAAUGAAUCUAUCACUGGUGUAGCAGAUACUCACGACUAUCAGGAUAUAGCAGCAAACUCUGUUACUCGAGGCAAGAACGCUUCCACAGAUCCUACAAUUGAUGGUAGCUUUCUGGACCACAGCAUUAGCACAGAGUCACAAGCAAAAUCCGAUGUUGAAAAUCAAUUUCCAUUCAAUGAUUUUCAUGCCAAACCUCUACGACAUGUCGACGAGGUGGGCGAAUUGCAACAAUUCGACUUUCACACCAAUCAGCACAACCCACCUCCAUUAACUCAACCCCCUACAACCUUCAUUCAGAAGUCCACGUCGACACCGAGUUUUACUGCAGCAACAUUUGCAGCCACAAAAUUCGGUUCUACAAAGUUAAAGAACCAGGCAAAGCGGCCUCAUCGCCUUGUGUCCCCCUGUGAUCCGCCCGUCUUAGGUUAUGCCUCACAGCUGCUGGAAGCCAUCGGACAAAAUUCUCUCCAACCCAAUCAGGUUGGUGCCAUUUUGAUGCAUUCACAACUUCGUCAAGUGCAGCCUAUUGACGUACCUGCCGUUGAUUUGCAUGUCAGACACAAAAUUGUCACCUAA